AUGGGAGGCGUUGGCAAAACGACGCUGGCGCAGGAGGUGUAUAAUGACAGGGCAGUAGAAGAUUUUGACCCAAAAGCAUGGGUUUGUGUCUCUGACGACUUCGAUGUUUUAAGAAUCUCUAAAGCGAUCCUUGAGUCAGUCACUCUUUCUCCUUGUGAUCUAAAGGAUUUAAAUCAGGUGCAGAUUCAACUGUACAGUAUACUGGUUGGAAGAAAAUUCUUGCUUGUUUUAGAUGAUGUUUGGAGCAAGAGUUAUGAAUUGUGGCAAGCUUUGAAGUCUCCUUUUAUGGCUGGAGCACCAGGAAGUAAGAUAAUUGUGACCACUCGUAAUGUAGAAGUCGCGUUAACAAUGGGACCAUUAGAAUAUUAUAACUUGAAGCUUCUAUCAGAUGAUGAUUGUUGGACCUUGUUCAAAAGACAUGCUUUUGAGAGUAGAGAUACUGAGAUGUAUGGAAGUUUAGAAUUAAUACGCGAGAAAGUGGUUGAGAAAUGCAAAGGUUUGCCCCUGGCAGCAAGGGCUCUUGGUGGUCUUCUACGUUCUAAGCAAAGAUUGGAUGAGUGGGAGGAUAUAUUGAACAACAAAAUAUGGAACUUAGCAGAUGAAAGUGAGAUUCCUGCAGUUUUGAAGUUAAGCUACAAUCAUCUUCCUUCACAUCUAAAAAGAUGUUUCGCUUAUUGUGCGAUCUUCCCAAAAGAUUAUGAAUUUGAAGAGAAAGAGCUCAUACCUUUGUGGAUGGCAGAAGGUCUCAUUCAACAAUUUGAUAACAAUAAACAAUCAGAAGAUCUGGGAGGUGAGUACUUUUGGGACCUCUUAUCAAGGUCAAUUUUUCAACAAUCAAGUAGUAAUAGUUCUAAAUACAUAAUGCACGAUCUUGUCAAUGAUCUGGCUCAAUGGGCUUCCGGAGAAUCAUGUUUUAGGUUGGAGAAUGAAACAAAGUCCAAUAUACAAUUGCAAAGAUAUGAAAAGGCUCGUUACUCUUCUUACACUUGUGCUUUUCUAGGUGAUAGCAAAGAUAAAUUUGAAGUUUUCAAGAAAGUUACAAAUUUGAGGACAUUCCUUCCAAUAUCACUACAUAGUCGUCCUCGUUUCAUAUCCCAUACAGUUCUUUUUGACCUAUUGCCAAAGUUCAAAAAAUUAAGGGUGUUGUCUUUAAUGCAUUAUUACAUCCCUGAAUUACCUGAUUCUAUUGGGAGUUUGAAGCUUUUAAGAUAUCUCAACCUUUGCAAUACUUAUAUCAGAAGUUUGCCUGAGUCGAUUUGUUCACUGCUUAAUUUGCAAAUGCUGAUUUUAAGAGAUUGUUUCUAUCUUAAGAAGUUGCCUUCUAAUAUGGGGAAUUUGAUCAAUCUACAUCAUCUUGAUAUUAGAGGUGCAAACUUAUUGGCAGAGAUGCCAAUUGGAAUUACACGAUUGAAAUAUCUCCGGACACUAACUGAUUUUAUUGUGGGCAAAGGUGUUGGGAGUAGUUUGAAGGACUUGAAGAACUUAACGUUUCUUCGUGGAGAACUCUGCAUCUCCAGAAUAGAGAAUGCAACUGAUUUACAGAAUUCAAAAGAAGCCAUUUUAGUUGAUAAAAAAGAUCUUAAGGUGUUGACACUAGAAUGGGGGUCUCAAUUGGAUGACUUGCGAAACAAGGCAAUGGAAGAAAAUUUACUUGACAUACUACAGCCUAACAGAAAUCUAAAGGAGCUCACAAUCAAACGCUAUUGUGGCAUAAAGUUUCCAUCUUGGAUAGGAGAUCCAUCAUUCUCCAACAUGGUUCUCUUAAGAUUGGAUAAUUGUGAGAAAUGCACAUCCUUGCCUUCGAUUGGACUUUUAAAUUCACUCAAAUACCUCACAAUUCGAGGGAUGAGGGGAUUAAAAAGUAUAAGUUCUGAGAUUUAUGGGAAUCGUUGCUCAAAGCCUUUCACAGCAUUGGAGACUCUUCGACUUGAGAAUUUGCAAGAAUGGGAGCAUUGGAAUGUGAUCAAAGAAAAUGAACGUGUUGAAGUGUUCUCAGGCCUUCGCGAGCUUUUCAUUUUUAACUGUCCUAAGCUUUCUGGCAGAAUACCAGAGCAUCUUCCAUCCUUGACAAAACUUGUGAUUCGUGAAUGUGCACAGUUGAUGGUUUCAUUUUCUAGUUUUCCAAUGCUCUGUGACCUGGAAAUUGCUGGAUGCAAAGGCAUGUUUUGGGGUGGUUUAGCUGACUCCAAAUCUCUGAAGUCUAUGGCUUUUUCAAAUAUUUCAGAGACUGGAAAUUGGUUAACACAAAGUUUCCGAAAAGUAGAACAUUUAAAUAUUUAUUCUGAAGAGCUUGUACAUUUUUGGAUGAAUCAGAUUUGUCUGGAGAAUUCUCUAGCUGCAGGGCUGCAUAGCUUCACCCCCCUCCGAGUGUUGUGUAUUCAGAAUUGGUCGAGUCUUGUUUAUUUCCCAGAUGCUUGUUUUCUUCCUAUUCUCACGAAACUUGAGAUUAGAAAUUGCAAUGGCCUGACAUCCUUUGUAAGGGGCCAGCUACCUUCGUCUUUGAAAGAACUUCAUAUUGGAAGUUGCGAGAAAUUGGAGCUGUUGUUGGAUGAUAAAGAGGAUAUUUCUGCUUCUUCUUCCUCUUCUACUUCAUUGAUGUACAAGGAGAAGAUCAACAACACUAGCACAUCUCUUCUUGAGAGUUUGUCCAUCGGCAACUGCCCAUCUCUUACUUGUUUAUCAUCAAAAGGCCAGUUACCUGCAGUGAAAGUCCUGGAGAUCAGUACCUGUCCGAAGCUCAGAACCUUAUCGCUGAAUGGUCAGUUACCUGAGUCACUUGAAGUACUCCGGAUCAGGAAUUGUUCACAGUUGGAGUCAAUAGCGGAGAGCUUUCACAAUAACACAUCUCUCCGAGAUAUUGCAAUCCGCAGUUGCUAUAUUAAAUUUAUACCCGACGGCCUACACUAUCUAAGUCGCCUUCAGCAGAUUUCUAUAGGGUAUUGUCCGAAUAUUCUUUCAUUCCCAAAUGGAGGCUUUCCCAGCACCAGUCUAACUGUUGCACUCCGCAGAUGCGAUCAACUGUUAGCUCUGCCUGAUAAUAUGCACUGGCUCAGCUCUCUUGGAAUUCGCAACUGCCAGAGUCUCAUACUUUCUCCGGAGAAAGGUUUUUCCGCCAACCUCACAUCACUUACAAUUGAAGGUGUUAAUAUCUAUAAGCCAUUAGUUCAGUGGGGGUUGCACAAGCUCAUAUCUCUUAGAGAACUCCGCAUAGUUAAAUGCUCAGAAGUAAUGUCUUUUCCAGAAGAAGUGAUGGGAAUGAUGUUGCCUGCCUCUCUAACUUCGCUAAAAAUUUAG